UUUAUAGGUUUUGAACUUCUUGGUUUUGAAAAUAAAAUGAUAAUAUUGUCUAAUAAAAUAAUGACUUGUGCCUUAAAAUAAACGAAAGUUACCACUUAAUCAAGAUGAAGUUAAAGAGAAUUUCAUUGCUCAUCGCCAAGCAAACUAUCAAAAGCCAAUACCGGUUCCUAAAUAAACACAAUACUGUUUUCUUUAAUAAUUUUGAAAUACCAUUUGUAACUUUAUACCAAAAAAUCACAGGCCAAACAUUAUCUGCAAAAAAUCUUGAAGAUUUGAGGAAAAAAGAUCCAAACAUAGCUCACAUGACUACAGAAAAUUUGCAUCUUACAUUGGAUAUACUUAAAAAGUUUGGAAUCUCUCCGGAAGAAGCAUGCUGCAAUCCACAUUUAUUUUGUAUGAAUGUUAUAUCUAUGGAUAAUUAUGGAGAAAUUUUCAAAGAAUGUGGGUUUACUAAAAUAAUUCCUAAAUAUUUAAUAAGAUAUAAUACAAUAGUCAAAUCAAGAACAAUAUCCUAUUUGAAAAAAGAAGGUCUUCUCAAUAAUGAGUCUAAUUUAGAAGAGGUUUUACUUGCCAUAUUUCAAGAGUGGCCUGAUCAGCAGAAAUCCUUGAAAAAAUUUUCUGAUGCAAAUACAAGUAUUUUGACUAUACGAACAAGUGUGUUAGAGAGAUACCUUGAGUGGAGACUACACAUAAGCAAUGAAGAUUUUGCAAAAUACUGUAAAAAUUAUUUGCCUCUAAGACAUAGGCCCAUGUCUGAUAUUCGACAAGCUAUAGAUAUAGCUGAAAAUAUAAUAAAAUUCGAAUUGAAAGUUAUAAGAAGAAAUGGUUUUAUAAUAUCCUCUGACCCUGUCAACACAAAUCUCAUUUUAGAAAAUGUUGACACAUUGGGUGGGAUUGAAAUUAAAGAAGCAAUAAGACUGGAGCCUGCUAUAUUGAAAAAUAACUAUAAUUCACUAUUGGAAAUUAAGGAUUUGUUACAGCAAUACGAAAUAACAGAAGAAGCGCAGAGGCGAUGUUUGAGGGUGUUCUGUAUGAAUCCUGCUUCAGUGAGAGAUCGUCUCAAUGAGCUUGUCAAUAUGAAGGAGUAUAAAGUACUAGCAACAAACCCUAGAGUACUUACAUUAGUUGUUCACCAAAAGAAAGUGAUGAACAGACUAUCAAAAAUUCAAACUGCUAAAAAACAGUGUUUCAGUUUGAAUCAUCUUGUGUCGGCACACAGAAUAUUCAAUACAUACAUCAAUAGUUUUGGCAGCAAAGUGUGCAGCCGAGAUAUCGUAAUACUAAUAACAACAUCAUUGCAAGGGAGUAAGAUGAGCAAAAAAACUAUUUUAAGUAAUCUCAAGCGACAUAAGUACUGGCUGCAUACUUCCUUGCACAUUAUAUACGAAAAUAUUUGUUUGUUGAAACAACAUUUUCCGGAUCAAGUGAUAUUGGAUAACUGCCAUUUACUCUUGUACCCAGUGUUAGAAAUAGAAAAACAUAUCAAACACCUUCAAAAAAUGCGAAACGGUGAUUUGAUGGCAAGAGAAAAAUUCAAAACGGAAAUGGAUACGUAUAACGCCAAUUUGAACUACUCCAAGCUUUCCGAUAGCCAGACUUUAAGUUUAACACUUUAUGAAAUUGAGAAAAAAUAUCAUUUUAGCGGCGAUGGAAUCUGGAAUAAGCAAGAUGGCGUAAGAGAAGAAAAACCAAUAAAAAAAUCUCAACAAAAUUAAUGCGUCGCUAUAAACGAAGAACGCUUCAGAGACCCUGGGGACGCAUCUCUUGAGCCAAUAAUGAAUUGUGUACAAUAUGGUUAGAAUAACUGCGAGGAAUGUGCAGGCAGCCAAACAUACAUUGUGCUGGAGACCUAACGACCAGCCGCAGCGGAGACGGUCCUCGUCAUAUAUGUCUGAAAGAAUGAAC